AUGAGGAAAAACGAGCGAGGUGAAAAGGUUGCCUGUUUCAAGUGCCGUGUGGGGCACCGAACAGGCAAAUGCGUUGACAAACCGGGCCACCAGAAUGACGUGCAGGUGGUCCCCAUGCCAGGCCGUCCAAAAGGGGCUAAGACGAACCAAGUCAGGGCAGCUAAGCAACAGGAAAAGCAGAGUAGACCCUUUUAUCCUGACUACGCAGCCGCUGGCCCUGUGCAGGGUAGGUUUGCUGCUGAGUACCAGCAGCUUCCUGUCGCCGGGUACCAGAACCCGGGGAGCUUUAUGAACCCCCCUGCUCUUGUCCCUUCCCCUGCCCAGCCUUCUGGUUCCCUUCCUGAUCCCCUUAGUGCUGGCUUACCUGCGGCUGUCCGGCAUGCCUUGGAGUGUUCAGCCUAUCCUGGCAUGGGUUUUGGGCCUGCUCCUCCUCUUCCCGCCGUCCCUGCUCCCAUUUUUGCCUCCUCUGCCCCAGUUUCCCAGCCUGUCGGGGCCAACCAGUUCGGUGCUAUGCCACAGAACGUUUGGGUCAACAACCCGCUCAUGUCGUUUCGUCAAGUUGACAUGACGGCCCAGGUUCAGCAAGGAGGCAACAUGGGGAUCCAAACCCUCCCGGGAGAUCUCAUUGGAGCUGGGAACAUUGCCCCUUCUGUUCCCUCUGCCCCCUUUGUCCCAUCCCCCAACCUCUUUUCCUUUAAUAAAGAGGCUCGGGAGGUUGUUUCUUGGGACGGGUGGUCCUCCCCCGAGCACCCUGUUCAGCCUACUCCAGCGGCCAACAGUGGUGCCCAGUCUUCCGGCUCUCCAGGUUUCUUUGAGUCGUUUAGCUAUCCUGACCUCCUGAAAUCGGAUAGUCACCUUUCUGGGGAGCUUCCGGUACUUGGGACUCUGGCUGAUCAGGGGGCAUCAGCUUCACCUGGCCAAGACCCUCUCGUUGAUUUCGGCCUCCCAGUCGCCGACCCUUUUAUGGGUGCAGACCUGUAUGACCCUGGAGAAUAG